GCAAGCGUGAGCUUUAUCUUUAUUCUACUUCUGACCAUGAUCUGAUUCCUCAGACUGGAAGACAAACAUGGAAUCGUCGAGUGGUCUCUGGGAGAGAAAGUACGGCAGCAUGACCGAGAAGCCUGACAGCGUAUCUUGGAUAGCUGCCAUGGAUAUGUUGAAGCUGGGAGAGGCCAAAAGAGACCCGGAAGUCAUCACCAUCGCGAUUUUGGGUGUCAAGGGCGCCGGCAAAAGCGCUUUCAUCUCUAAUUUGGUGGGAGAAAAGUUGGAUCCAGACACCAAGGAAGUGUCUAUGCAUUCGUAUGAGUAUAACGAAUUCAUUCAUGUCUGUUUCAUCGACACGCGGAGCUUCGACGGCAUCACGAAAACCGAUUUCGAUGUGCUGAGAGAGGUCGAUGCCUUCCUUGACAAGUCGCAUGAGAUCAAGAUCCGACUCGACGGGAUCAUCUACUUCCAUCAGAUCGGUGACAACCGGAUGCAGGGACCAGUGUCCAAAAGCAUGUUGAUGUUGUGGAAACUUCUCAAGCGCGAGGCAUACCGCAAGGUCAUGCUGGUGACCAGCAUGUGGGAUACCGUCGAUUUCAACCAGGGCAAGGAGCUCGAGAAGGCAUUCGUGAAUACUUCCACCCUUUUGACAACCAUCCGACGGAACAGAUGGCAGAUCGCUCGGCAUUGGGGGACCAAGGAAUCGGCUUCGUCCUUGGUUGACUUCUUCGUCAAGAAGAAGAAACGAGACAAGAAGCUGUUCCCCGAUCCAUCUCGCCGAGGCUACGUACCAGAUGCUGAAAUAAAACAGAGACACCUCUAGAACCACCCUGAGUGCUAGC